GGUAUUGUCACGGUAAACAGUCCAUGCGAAGCACAGCAGCAGGGAACUGUUUGCAGGUCCAAGUCUCCAAGUCAUUAACCGCACGGCCGUCGGCCGCCCUGGCUCGCGAUCGUUCGGCAGCGGCGCCUCCUCGGCCGGAGCGGUUUGGGGACAUCGGUCCACAGGAGGAGACGCGCCGUUCCCGCACUCGGCAGCAUGGCGCUCCCGAUGGGGACGUACGCGUCCCUCGGCGCGGCGGCGUUCCUCGUGCUCGUGACCUGCCUUACAUACAAGCUCUUGAGCAGGUACGCGCGCAGGUGGAGAGAAAUACAGGCGAUCCCAGGCCUCGAGGGCACCUACCCCUUCGUAGGCGACGCCCUGCAGCUGAAAAGCAACGCCAGAGAUUUUUUCUGCCAGAUCCAUGAAAUUUCGGAGAGGUUCAGGAACGCGCCGCUGACGAAGCUGUGGAUCGGCCCCGUGCCCUUCAUCCUCCUCUUCCACGCAGAGACCAUCGAGAUGCUGCUGAACAACUCGAAGCACAUGGACAAAGCUUACGCCUACAAGUUCCUGCACCCGUGGCUCGGCACGGGUCUCCUGACCAGCACGGGGGACAAGUGGCGCAGGCGGCGCAAGACGCUCACCCCGACCUUCCACUUCUCCAUCCUCACCGAGUUCCUGGAGGUGAUGAACGAACAGGCCGAAGUGCUCGUGGAGAAGCUGGAGAGGGAGGCGGGUCGAGGCCCCUUCAACUGCUUCAACCACAUCACGCUCUGCGCGCUGGACAUCAUCUGUGAAACUGCGAUGGGCAAGAAAAUUUAUGCCCAGAGUAACCAUGACUCGGAGUACGUACGCUCUGUGUACAAGAUGAGCGACAUCGUCACUCGCAGGCAGCGGAUGCCCUGGUACUGGUCGGACUUCAUCUACUACUUCCUGGGGGAGGGAAAGGAGCACAAUCGCAACUUGAAGGUUCUUCACUCCUUCACACAGAGUGUAAUCCAGGAGAGGGCGGAGCACAUCGCCUACAUGGAGUCGGACAGCGAGUCGGACCAGGGCGCGAAGAAGCGCCGAGCCUUCCUCGACAUGCUCCUGAAGACCACGGACGAAGAGGGCAACAAGCUGAGCCACAAGGACAUCCAGGAAGAGGUGGACACCUUCAUGUUCGAGGGACACGACACUACAGCCGCCGCGAUGAACUGGGCCCUCCACCUCAUAGGCUCCCAUCCUGAAGCGCAGAGGAAAAUUCAUCAGGAACUUCAGGAAGUAUUUGGAUCCUCAGACAGACCCGUUAACGCGGAAGACCUGAAGAAGCUGCAGUACCUGGAGUGCGUCAUCAAGGAGUCUCUCCGCCUCUUCCCGUCCGUCCCCUUCUUCGCCCGCAGCAUCUGCGAAGACUGUGUCAUCAAUGGCUUCAGGGUGCCCAAGGGAGCCGAUGCAAUCGUCAUGGUGUACGCUCUGCACCGCGACCCUCGCUACUUCCCCGACCCCGAGGAGUUCCGGCCCGAGCGUUUCCUGCCGGAGAAUUCCGCCGGCCGCCAUGCUUACGCCUUCAUCCCCUUCUCGGCCGGGGUCAGGAACUGCAUCGGUCAGCGCUUCGCCAUGAUGGAGGAGAAGGUGAUCCUGGCGUACAUCCUGCGCUACUUCAACAUCGAAGCCACGCAGAAGCGGGAGGAGCUGCGACCCCUCGGGGAGCUCAUCCUGCGGCCGGAGAAGGGCAUCUGGAUCCGGCUGGAGAAGAGGACCCAUUAGAAACCCUCGCUGGCUUCACCUGUCCAGCACCUCUGUCUCCUGUCCUCACCAACAUCUAUCCAUCUUGACUUCAUAGUCCAUGUUUUCUGGAGUCCAGUGAGUGCUCCAGGGAGGCGUUGGCUGAGAGUACCCGCAAUCCUUAAUUUGCGCCCUCCGGCCGAAGCCCUACCCACCGUUACCCUUUUUAGCUUUAGUCAGUGACUUACGCGCCUCGGAUCGCUCUCCUUGUUCAUCGCUGUCCUCCCGCCGCCCCCCACGCGCUCGCUCCUUUCCAGGCGGAAAAUGGAGUGCGGAGCCUCCAUCCAGAACUUUCCUCGCAGCUCGUUCCCGAGUCGACCCGCCCGGAUCCGUAAUGGGAUUUUCCCCCUUCUGUAUUCCUAGCCUCUUGAGAGCGACGGCGACGCCUCUUGGGCUCCAGAAAGAGCGUGAACUUUAGCCCCGCUGCUGAGAACGGCUGAUGGCAGGAGUGAUGGUGGGUAGCUGAGAAGAAAUGACAAGAGUAACCACCCAACGAAGGGUUCCUGAACCGUGUCCUCAAGUUGACGGGCCCUACGGUACACACUGGAAAAACACACACACCGCGCACAGAAAACCAAAUAAAUACCCUUAACCAGCAUUAACGGUUGUUCUUUAACCUUGCCCUCAAGUACCGAGAAGGUGUCCAGACCCCGUAGAAGCGACGGCCAGAUGACGUGUCGCGUUCCACAGGUCCAGCCUGUCUGAAUGCGGUGUUGUCAGCUUACUGUCGGUACUGAGGGUCGGUGCUGCCAUGCUUGAUGGUGAAAAGGGGCGGAGCACGUGGUCCCAAAACAAUAAUUUUGAGGAAAAAAAAA